AGCCUGGAGUGCUUCCAGUCCUCUCCCAUGGCAACACCCUCUGCUUGGCAGAGCAGCUCAGAAAUCUCAGGAGAGCACCUGCAGCUUUCAGACUCAGGGAUAAGCACUGAGCCAUUGUUUCAGAACAGUAGGAGCCCCAUGGAAAAGCUUUCCAGACAAGAUGCAGAAGAAGAGGACAGAAAAGACACAGAUAACAGUCAAUUAAGAGAAAGGAGUUUCCCUGGAACUUUUUCUGCUGUCAAAGAAAACCAAGGAGAAAAAGUAAAGGAGAUUCCUCUAUCUCCCUUUGACUUAGAGGGGAAGAUGAAGACUGGGGACAAAGAAGAUGGGCCCAUCACAUCAGCAACUGGUGUCAGACCAAAGCCUUCUGAAGAGUUUGCUGAAGAAUAUCUUCAAGCCAACCACCAUCUCACAGCAAAACAGCAGAAGGAGCAGCAGAGCAAGACAAAAGUAACACCUCGAAAGGCUUUCCUGAAAAGAAAAGAAGGUAUAGCAAGGGUCAAAAAAACUAAACAGAAGCCUUUAAAAGAAGAUGGCAAGUAUUUCAGAAGAGCUGGCUUGGGCUGCUGGGGUCAUUUCUCCCAGCCUGGCCAGGGGGAGGCAGACAGAGUACAACCAGGGCAAUGCUCUCAGUUAAAUCUGCAGCUCAGCAGCUCCUUGCAGAUGGGUACCCAUAAAAAAAAAGCAGAUUGUGCUUUAGCUGAGUGGGACACAAAGGCUCAGACUGGCUGUGAAGCAAAAGUAGCUGAGCAAAGUGCAGGAGAAAAAGAAGUGGUUGGGGGAGAUGAAGGCUGGAAGGAAAAUCCUGCUGGCUCACCACAGAGAAGGAAACCUGAAACCCUGCAGUCAUGUCCUGAAAGAGUACCAGAAAUGAACCCACAAGUGGGUGAGGAAAGAAAAACUCAUCAGAUGGAUUCUGUAGGGCAAGCAGGCAGAACUGGUGAAAGACCUGUGGAGGGCAGCCUGCAAAAGGACCUGGAUAAGGUGGAUCAUCCUCUGGAGGGUCAUCUCACAGAGGGAGUAAAAAACCUCUUGGAAGUCCUGCAAAAGAAUUCUCCACUUCAGGAUUUAGAAGAAGACAUCCAGGAGGAAGAGUGGAGUGCAGGCCCUGCACUCUCACAGGGCCAGAAGUGGGGUCAGGUAUGGCCACAGGAACUUGUGUCAGGGAGCCAGAGCUCAGAAAACAAGAGACAAAUCCAUCCUGGGUUUAAGGUGGUCAAUGAUAAGAUAGUGAAAACUACACAUGGCUCUCCUGAGGUUGUGCAGAAGGGAAAUCCAUCCUCUGCCUUGCAGCAUGAGUGGCAAAGGAAGGGGACAGCUGCCUUGGCAUGGCCUGUGGCACCUUCAUCCUCUGAUUCCAGCUGCUCACCCUCCAGCAGGGAUGAUGACCCCAAAUGUCACCACACUCAGUAUCCCCCCAAGCCUGGAGGUCAGGGAGUAGCUCAUCCUGAGAGACAUCUGGAUCUCUCUGAGGGUGAUUAUGCUAGUGAUGAGCCCAGUGGGGCUGAAAAAAUGUCUGCUCAAAGGUACCCCCAAAGAUCACCCCCAAGGAAAGAAGACAUUCAAACCCUCUCAGGACAAAGAGGUCCCUCCUGCAGCACGAGCAGCAGUGACUCCAGCACUGGGGCUGUCAGGAUGAAGGGGAUCAGGGCUCAUUCCUCUCUUCAGCAGUCCCCAUUCCACCUCACAAGACCAAAAAGGAGAGACCAUGAGCCUGAGUCAAAGAAGAAGAACAGGGCCAGGGAUGCUAAAAGCACAUCCUCAGCAGUCACUGGGGAUAUUUCUGGUUUCAAGAUUAAAGAAACCCCUUCAGUGGAGGGACCACAGAAACAACUCUUUACAGAACCAUUAGAUGUCUUUGCAGAAGAAACCCAGAACAUCCUCACCAGAGGAUUAGAUACUGGUGCAUGCCACAGAGAAACCCCUUCAGUGACCAGGGUGAGAGAAGAACACGAGAGCAGAGUGGAUUUUCACAGAACACCACUGGAGCAGCUCAAGAGUGUCAGGAGCCAGGAGCUGAUUCACCCUUGGGAAUACAACAGAGCCCAAACUCAUUCACUGCAGGAAGAAACCAUUGCCCAUAGCAAAGGAAGAGGUAGAGCCACUGGAGAGAAUGUGAAAGCAGAAGAAAUCCAAGUAUUAAAGCAGCAGAUUGUGGGACUGCAGGAGGAGCUGAAGAGAAAUGAGUCCUGCUGGCAUGCUGCCUACACCAAGCUGAGGGACCAGGUGGAGAUGCUGACCAGGCAGAACAUGGAGCUUCAAGAUGAGCUCAGAGGUUCAGGAUGUCAGAGAAGGAAAGCAGGAAAACCCCCAGGAGCUGGGAAUUUCAUGAAUGAAAACUCAAUGACCCCGGUUGCAGCAGCUAUUCUGAGAGAAACAGCAUCAGCAUCCAGAGAAGAAGAGAAAUCAUGGAGAGAGAACCACAGGAGCAUCUCUGGUGUGGGGCCCAGGACCUCUUUGCAGAAACACCUCUUCCAAGAUGUCAACACCAAAGCAAUAAAAAAUUCUGUACAAAAGGCUGACCCUUCAAGACCAAUGGCCAAGGAUCAUCAGGAAAAGAAAGCCUUCAGCUGCUCCCUUGGUAGAAGCACAACACCCACUGGCAGAAGAACACCUCACCAGGGAAGGCUGACACCUUUUGAACCAGAAAAAGUUGUACCACAACCCCCUCCUCCUGGGAGAAGAGCAGAUGAGAGGAAAUCACCUGGAGCUGCCUUUCAUCUGAGUGGUUUUAGGGAGCCCAGCUCAUCUGCCUCUGUAGAAGGCAGGUCUGUGCCCGUUUCAGACAGCUCAGAGGACACCAACACCCCCAGCAGCUUUGCACUCUGCAGUAACAGUGCAGGAGCAGAGGAAGAAGAGACUCUUAAAAAGACAGAAACAUCACUAAAACCUCAGAAUAAAGUGGCUUUUGUAACCAGUCGUGGGAGAAGGGGCAUGACUACGUGUGACAACAAAGGAUCUACAAACAGUUCUGCUUUUCUGAAUGCUGAAGCAAAGCCUCCCAAAUCAAUAUUAUCCAGAAGAACAGUCUUACAUCAAGAGAGAAGGAAGAGUGAGGAAGAGGUGCAGGAAAAAAUAGAGUAUCCUGAUGGAAAGGUAGAAGAGGUGCUGAGUGACGGACGUCGAAUCAUCACGUUCCGCAACGGGACCACAAAGGAGAUCAGUGCUGACAGCAGAGUGACCACAAUCAGCUUCUGCAAUGGAGAUGUCAAGAAGAUCAUGCCAGAUCACAGAGUGAUUUAUUACUAUGCAGAUGCACAGACAACCCACACUGCUUUCCCAGAUGGCCUGGAGGUGCUGCAGUUCCCUAACAAUCAGAUAGAAAAGCAUUACCCUGAUGGCACACAAGAAAUUCUGUUCCCAGAUCACACAGUGAAACGCCUCUAUGGUGAUGGAUUGAAGGAAACUUUUUUCCCAGAUGGCACAGUAGUAAAAGAAGAGAAGAAUGGGGAUAAGACAGUGGUGUUCAGUGAUGGCCAGAAGGAGAUUCAGACUGCCCAGUUCAGGAGGAGGGAGUAUCCUGAUGGCACAGUGAAAACCCUGUACUGCAGUGGCAGACAAGGAACCAAAUACUCCACGGGACGUUUGAUCAGAGAUGAGGAGGGAAACAUCAUCCUGGACAAGAAGUGA